ACCCUGACUGGAAAUGGAAUUUUAUUUUAGUUUAUUGCUGUUCUGCUUUAGCCUAAUAUUGAUAAAAUGAAUUUAAAUGGUUCAAAUAUAAUAAUUUUGAUACUUUUCACAAGAUUUCUGAAAAAGUUUUUCAUGAAAAUUCUCCUGACAGACUUUUAAAAACGGGAAGGCUAGUGUUAAAUAUUGUAUUACGACGAAUUACAGAAAUGGUUUUUCAGCUGUGAUUUAUAUCUUGUGUUUAUAGACAGAAGUGUAUUUGAAUAUUUUGUGGUAUUUAGAAGUAUUUAUCAUCAAUGUUCUCAUUUAUAAUUUCAUUUGAGGCGUUUUGAAAUUAUCAUAAUAUCAUAAUUCAUAAUAUCAACAUGACAAGUACAGCAACUUUGAAAGUGAAAUGGGAGAAAGUGGAAGUAGAAGGAGAGGCGCCACCCCCCCGCCAUGGAUACAGAGCUGUGGUCAAGGACAACCUGCUUAUCAUCCAUGGAGGGGGAGACGGCAAAACAUUCUUCAGUGACUUGUUCAUCCUGAAGAUGGAAACCAAAGAAUGGAAGAAGGUGCCAAUACUAUCACUACCCGAACGCGCCGGGUUUGGAGCAGCAGUGAUUGAAAACAAAAUGUAUCUGUUUGGUGGUAUGGUGAGUAGCAAAAGAUUUUUGAACGACUUGUACUAUCUGAGUUUGUCAACUUGGCAAUGGGACCCGAUGUUCCCAAGCUUGGCUCCUGGCACACCUCCACCUUGUGCCAGGGUUGGCCAUAGCUUCACAAAGGUCAACAACCAUCUGAUACUCCUGUUCGCUGGUGUGACUGACCCAAACGGUCACUUUUUGUACCUGAACGAUCUCUACGCCUUGGAUUUGGGUUCGGAUGACACCUGUACAUGGCGUCUGAUUGUGGCCAAUGGUGCUCAGCCUGUAGGCCGGGAAUCGCAUAGUGCAUGUUUGUACAAACCUAAUCUGCAUGAGGAGAAACUGAUCAUCUAUGGAGGCAUGAAUGGUUACCGGCUGGAUGACGUGUGGAGUCUGGAUAUCAACACAUACACGUGGAGCGAGUACAUUGUGCCUUGGGGCAGGAACACACCCCCUGCACGCUCCAUGCAUGCGGCAACUAUCGCUGGGUCGAGGAUGUUUGUGUUUGGCGGAUGGGCACCUCCGGAUGAGAUCCUCGGGAAAUCCCACUUCUUCAAACCACAAGAGCUCUGCUGCUUCGAUCUGGUCGCCGGCAAAUGGGAGAAGCUCGAUGAGGAGUCCUUGAAUCACAGUUUGCCCCCUCCCCGCACCGGGCACAGCUUGGUUGUGAUUGAGGACAAGAUAUACAUGUGGUCGGGUAGGAUAGGGGAAUACCUUGAUAAAGUGACCAUGGUGGACGAUCUGUGGUCGCUGCAAGUAACGCCUCAGAAGGUGAUGAAUAGGUUCAUAUUGUCGGACAAAACCUACACUAUGUUCAAUCUAGAAUGGGAUCCUGUUCCACUUGCUUCUUGCUAUAUUUUGCAAAUUCAGGUGAUGACAAUGCCACCUGUUCGGAAACCUGAAUCAACUGCUCGCAUUUUCUUCAAUCAGAACGCCAAAUCUGCAAGUUCUCCUUGUAUUAACCAUCCUAAAAUCAAUUCCACUCCUGCCAUUCUAUCUCCAAUUCCCACCAAAAAUGAUGCUAAACCAAUUGUGGCUACAUCUGAAAACAAUACACAUGAGUGCCUCACUUCUAAAUUCCACCCUAAACCAUUUUCAUCUAUUCCUUCAACUAGAAACACUACUGCUUUGUCAGUACCCAACACCAUCACAAGUCACAAGAUCUCAAACCCUAGAGUGUCUAUUUCUGCUGGGAAUAGACCUAACUCCAAGUCAUUAUCAACUUCUUUCAAUCCAAAUAAACAAAAAAAUACUAUUCCAAUAGUAACUACAAGGGUUUGUUUUUCUGCUGGAAUCAAGGGAGAGAAGAACCCCCUUUCUAUAACUCCUCCACCAUCAACUCCUGUUAGUGUCAUCGACUCUACCAUCACUCAUAAUUCUGUUAUUAAAACUCCUAGUAUUUCUCCUGUUAUCCAUACUUCUGGCUUUGUUCCUGUUACUCAUACUCCGAGUAUUGCUCCUGGUGAUAUUCUUACUCCUGAUACAAUUGAUUCUCCUGAUACUACCAAUACUCCUGGUAUUACUCAUGUUACUUCUGGUUCUACUCAAUGUGGUACUACCCAAGUAGCUCCUGUUACUUCUCAUACUCCUGGUAUUACUCAUGUUACUUCUGGUUCUACCAAUGUUACUCAUGGUAUUACUCAUGUAACUCCUGGUAUUACUCAUGUUACUUCUGGUUCUACUCAUGUUACUCAUGGUUGUACUACUCAUGUAGCUCCUGAUACUUCUCAUACUCCUGGUAUAACUCAUGUAACUCCUGGUAUUACUCAUGUUAUUUCUGGUUCUACUCAUGCUACUCCUGGUAUCACUCAUGUAACUCCUGGUACUUCUCAUACUCCUGGUAUCACUCAUGUAACUCCUGGUAUUAUUCAUGCUACUCCUGGUAUAACUCAUGCUACUCCUGGUAUUAUUCAUGUUACUCCUGGUAUCACACAUGUUACUCCCAUCUCUGUCACUAGUAAAAUUGCUCAGUCUCCUGGUACAAGCACUGCAGUUAUCUAUUCAUCUGUUGUGACCACUCCACCAGUAAAUCGCCACAGGUCAACACUGGAAACAUUUUUAAAGCCGAAAUUAACUCUGACUAAUAGACCUGCCAGUGUCAAACUGAUGAGAUCCAGUACUGGAACACCGGUGGCAGUUAUUCCGAAAAGUUUGAUACCAAGUAGUUCAACGAUUACUUGCGGCAGUAAAUCGUCAAACAUUGUAAUUGUAGCACGUAAACGGCCUUACAAGUGAAUAAUAACUACCUAUUUCAAUAAAAUUAUUAGAAAAACUGGAAAUAAAAUAGUAUAAGAAAUGUUGAAAAAUCCUUAUGAAUAAUCCAGAUUAUUUCUGGAGAGGUCUAGAUAUACAUAAUUGAGGUCUUGAUUCAUGUCAUCAUUUCAAGAACUAGAAAUAAGAUAAGAAAUAUUGAAGAAUUAUGGAGAAUCCAGAUAAUUUCUGGAAAGGUCUAGAAAUACACAAAUAAGGACUUGAUUUAUCUCAAAACAUUCUCGUCAUCAUUUCAAGAACUAGAAAUAAGAUAAGAAAUAUUGAAAAAUCAUGGAGAAUCCAGAUUAUUUCUGGAAAGGACUAGAAAUACAUAAAUGAGGAUCGACUUGAUUCAUGGCAGAACAUUUAUGUCUUCAUUUCAAGAACUAGAAAUAAGAUAAGAGAUUUUGGAAAAUCCUUACUUAUGAAGAUUUCAAAUUAUUUCUGGAAAGGUCUAGAAAUACAUUAAUAGGAAUUGAUUUAUUUGGUAAUUAUUGAUGGGUGAUGAUGCAUUAUAGCCUAAUUCAAGUGAUUUAUUAUUGUUAAAAAGCAAUUUAUACAUAACAUAAUAGGCUAUAGGCUAUAUAAAUGAAAGAAAAUUUCAUACUAUUUAUCAUCAAUAAUUAUUGGUAUUACAUAUUAUUUAUUACCAGAGAAUAAAAGAAAUCCAAAUUAGAAAAUUCCAUUAGUAUGAUAAUUUGUGAUAAUAUUUAUUAUCAAUUUAUUGGUAAUACAUAUUCUUUAUUGCCAGAGAAUGAAAGAAAUCCAAAUUAGAAAAUUUCAUUAGUAUGAUAAUAUAAUUAAUUUGUGAUAUUAUUUAUUAUCAAUUUAUUGGUAAUACAUACUCUUUAUUGCCGGAGAAUAAAAAAAUCAAAAUUAGACAAUUCCAUUGCUACGAUAUCUUUUGUGACACUUAAGUUUUAGUGAUACCUAUUACUAAUAUAAGGUAUGAUUGACUUUACUUAAUAUUCCUGUGUAAAUUCAUCAUCAGUUAUAAUUUAUAAUGUAUCAAAUACAAGGCCUGUGACUGUUUCUACAAAAUUUUGAUAUUUAAAAUACUAAAAUUGCACAUGUGGUAGCCUAGUCAUAUUGUAAUUAUUGCUAAAGAUUGUUUCAAAAAUAUUAUUGUAAAAAUGUAGCAUAUAAAAAGUACCUAGAGAGCAAAAUAUAAUAAUGUCUACUGUAACAUUUUUGUGUGAGUGAUGUAAUGAGUAAUUAGGUACCGGUACGUAGUUAUUUAAAUGUAAAAUUGAUUAAUUGAUUUAUAAUAAAAUAUUCUAUUGUAUUGGAAAUAAUGUAUCAUUUUGCAAUUUUCUAUCACAUUGGAAGAAAACAUUCAUACAAGUGAAAUUCGCUGUAAUACUCUAAAACAAUACCUACAUUGUGUGAAUUAUAACAUUAUUUUUCAAAUAUAGCUUCUCUUUUAGUUUUUCUAACUUGAAAUGAAUGUAAAAACGUCAUUGACCUCUCUGAAUAUAUUAUAAGGGUUGCAAUCAUAUAAGCUUACACAUAAUUUUGUACUCCAUA